GGGAAUUUUCAAGUAACUGGCAGAAACCACAGGUUGAAAAAGCCAUAGAAAGAGUAAGAGGAAAGCCAAAUGGAUACAAAUUCAUCAAAAUUUUCAAUCCAUCAUGUAGUUCUUUUUCCAUUCAUGUCAAAAGGUCACAUCAUACCAAUUCUCAACCUAGCUCGCCUCCUGCUCCGCCGUGGCAUGGCGGUGACAAUGUUCACCACCACCGGAAACCGACCCUUUAUUUCCGAGUCUCUUGCCGACACAUCCGUCUGUAUCAUUGACAUCCCUUUCCCUCAAAACGCCCCUGAAAUCCCACCUGGUGUUGAGAGCACUGAUUUAUUACCUUCAAUGUCGCUAUUUUUUUCAUUUUGUAAAGCCACAAAGCAGAUGCAACCCAUGGUCGAAGAAAAGCUCCAGGGUCUGGUUCAGGUUCAACCAGUUAGCUUCAUGGUGUCAGAUGGGUUCCUAUGGUGGACCCUUGAGUCUGCAACAAAGUUUGGGUUACCAAGGUUGGUGUUUAGUGGCAUGAACCAAUUUAUUUCAUGCGUGUCCAGAGCUGUUUUUGAGGACAGGCUUUUGGAUGGGGCUGAGUCAGAUGAUGAGUUAAUCACAGUGACUCGGUUUCCAUGGAUUAAGGUUACAAGAAACGACUUCAAUACAGUGAUGCCUAAUCCAAAUGGUCCUACAAUGGAGGUUUUCAUUGAUCAAGUGAAAUCAAUGUCAAACAGUUUGGGGUUUAUUGUUAACAGCUUUUACGAGUUGGAAAAAGUUUAUAUUGAUAAUUGGAACAGUGAGAAAAUACCCAAGGUUUGGUGUGUUGGACCAUUGUGCUUAGCUGAACCCGAACUUGAACCUCAAAAGAAACCCUUUUGGAUUCAAUGGCUAGAUCAAAAGCUAGCUCAAGGGUGCUCCGUUUUAUACGUAGCAUUCGGCUCUCAAGCCGAGGUCUCAUCGGAACAACUUCAACAAAUAGCGAUGGGAUUGCAAGAAUCAAAAGCAAACUUCUUGUGGGUGUUAAGGAAAAAAGAAUCUGAAUCAAUAUUGGAUGAAGGGUUUGAAGAAAAGGUUAAAGGGAGAGGCAUUGUGGUGAAACAAUGGGUGGAUCAAAGGCAAAUACUGAAAUAUCAAUGUAUUGAAGGGUUUUUGAGUCACUGUGGGUGGAAUUCAGCGUUGGAAAGCAUAUGUUAUGGGGUCCCGAUCCUUGCAUGGCCGAUGAUAGCUGAGCAGGCACUGAAUGCGAGAAUGGUGGUGGAAGAAAUCAAGGUAGGGUUAAGAGUUGACUCGACAUGCAAUGGGAUGAAACCUGGGUUUGUGAAAUGGGAUGGGUUGAUGAAGAUGGUGAAGGAGUUAAUGGAAGGAGAGAUGGGGAAACAAGUGAGGAAAAGAGUAAAAGAAGUUGCAGAGUUGGCUAAGAUGGCUAUGGCAGACGGUGAUGGAUCGUCUUGGCAGACGUUAGAUACGCUUAUUAAUGAACUAUGCAACAAGAAGCAAGACGUCCGCCUUUAAAAUUGUGUUCAAUUCCACAUCACACGUGAGAGUCGUGUACUUCUUUCUUUUUUGUGCGGGUGUGGUCCUAAUUUCAAUAAAUGAAGAUCAGUGUUUCUAUGGCAAAACUUUCACUUAAAAAAGUUGUACUAUUUAUAAUGUUAUAAAAAGAAUUAUCUAA